ACAAAACAAGGAGAAGUAUCUUACAAUCUCUGACUUAACCCCCUUCUUAGCUGUUUAUGUCCCAUUUUUCUAUCCCUAUAAAAACAACUAGGUAGUAGUUUCCAUCUAACUCAAAAACAAAACACUAGUUUAACUCUAAAUAUAUAGCAACCCCCUUUUGAAAGUAUUAAAAAUGGCUAGUUGGAACCAUGUUCGAUCAGCUAGCUUCCCACCGAAAUCGAACCCAAUACUUGAAAAGAUCGACAACGAAUUGAUGAAGCUAAGAAAAGCAGAAGCAGCAUCAACAUCUGUAGUCGAAACAGUAUGCAUUGGCUUAACAGGGUUAGCUACGUUGUAUAAAUGUGUUAAUAAUGUACUUUGUUUACCACUUGUUGCAAACCAAACACUUCCACUCACUCUUUUUAAAAAAGAAGCACCCUUGAUUCAAGGAUCAUCGAAACUCCUACAAAUCUGCGGUGCUUCAAAAGAGAUGUUGCUGAGAUUAUUAGAAACAGUUAGAGCGUUUCGAUGCUUCAACAACGAGACAGAUAUUUCAGACUAUUUCUCUAUGAGAAAAGAGAUCGUAAAAACUGCUAAAGGGCUUGCCUUGGAAUUAAGGCAAAUUGAAGGGAGUUUAAUAUCUGGGAGCGAGUUCAAUAAUAAUGCCGAAUUUGAGGUGAUAAGAGUACUGAGAUGUGUUAGUAUUAUAAACAUUUCAGUACUUGACUCACUUCUACGAUUCUUGGCUAUGCCAUUGAAGUCGUCUUCCUCAAUAAUGUCUAAAUCCACCAAAUUUGGUUUCAUUUCGAAGAAAAAUAAGCAUGAAGCGAAAUUGAACAAAAAUGGGAAUGCGUUGAGUAAUGUUGAUGUUGUAUUACAUGGAUUUCAUAAUGGAGAAGACUGUAUUGAUUGUGAUCUGGUUAAGAAGAGAUUAGAGUUGUUGGAGGUUUGUUUGAGAGGGAUUGAAGACGGUUUAAACAACAUUUUAAAGCAAUUAGCUAGGACUAGAGCUUCAUUAAUCAGAAUAAUCUCGGCUUAAUCUAAUUAAUUAAUUACUAGUUUAAAUUUCUCAUAGAUUAUCACUAAGACAUGACAUGUUUCAUGUUAUCAUUGUGAAAAUAAAAAUAAAUAAAUGCAAAUGUUAUUAAUGUAUUAACCCGGGGCAUUGCCCGGGCCCAAAAACUAAUUAUGUAUUAAUUAGAGUUAAUCAUAUUUUGAUAAGUAUAUAGUUUCUUCUUCUAAUGGUGUAAA